AUGAACCACACUGUCCAAACCUUCUUCACUCCUGCCAGCACCGACCAUCCCCCGAACUAUGAGAUGCUGAAGGAGGAACAUGAGGUGAAUGUGCUGGGGGUGCUCCACAACCCUGUGCCCCUGACAUCCACCAUGAUCCACAUCCAAAGUGAGACCUCCGUGCCCGACCACGUCGUCUGGUCCCCGUUCAACACCCUCUUCAUGAACUCCUGCUGCCUGGGCUUCAUAGCAUUCGCCUACUCCAUGAUGUCUAGGGACAGGAAGAUGGUUGGCGACCUGACUGGGGCCCAGGCCUACGCCUCCACCGCCAAGUGCCUGAACAUCUGGGCCCUGAUUUUGGGUAUCAUCAUGACCAUUCUGCUGAUCAUCAUCCCAAUACUGAUUCUGCUAGCCUAUCAGUAGAUCCAGAGGAAUCAUCCUGGCCAGGGGCUCUGCCCAUGACCUGUCUCUCAUGUACUCCAGCUUCCAUUCCUCGCCCUGCCCCAGCCGAGUCCCGUAUCAGCCUUUUACCCUCACACACUUUUCUACAAUUGAGUUCAAUAAAGUGCACGUGUUCCUGGAAAAAAGAAAAGAAAAGAAAAGAAACUCACUCAAAACCGCAAAACUACAUGGAAAGUGAACAACCUGCUCCUGAAUGACUACUGGAUAAAUAAUGA